AUGGCAGUACCACCGGCAUCAAGAGUGGUACUUUUGUUCCGAUUAUUCUACCCUCUCCUUCUCCUCCUCCUCCUUUCAUCCCUGCUCCUCGGAGCCGAAGCAAUCUUUAGAAAUCCGAGGGCGGGCGCCCUCAGAAGCUCUAAGCGGCCUUCGGCUUUCGGAGGGCGUGGUCGUAACAUCACCAGACCGCCCCUUCCACGUAGUUUUAAAAUAUAUUCUUACCCACAACCCCUCGACCACUUCAACUUCGGGCCAGAUGAUUACGAUACUUUCAGACAAAAGUUCGUGAUGAACCGUGAAUAUUGGGCCGGACCGAAUAGCACCUCCCCGAUAUUAGUUUACCUCGGGUCCGAGGGCGCACUUGACCCGCGAGAUGCUGGCUUCGUUAUCGACUUGUGUCAAAAUUUAUCCUCUCUCUGUGUCUUCAUUGAGCAUCGAUUUUACGGAGCUUCAAGUCCUUUCACGUCGAUGGAUGAUGUCCUGGAGAACAAAACGAUUCGUGGCUUUUUCAACCCGGCUCAAGCUUUAGCCGAUUAUGUCGAGAUUAUUUUGUAUGUAAAGAGAGUGUUUAACGCACCUCAUCUUCCGGUUGCCGUGUUUGGAUCAUCAUAUGGAGGACUGUUAGCUGCGUGGUUUCGGCUCAAAUAUCCACAUAUAACUGCGAUGGCCGUAGCCUCAUCGGCGCCCAUGUAUUAUUUCGCCAAGACAACUGAUCCCCACGCAUACGACGAGGUUAUAACCGAAGACUUUAGGAACGUUAGCGACCAUUGCUACCAAACCAUUCGGAAUUCUUGGGCCGUAAUUGACAAAGUAGCGUCCGAGCCUGACGGCCUCGCCAAUCUCACCCAAAAAUUCAAGACUUGCGCGCAAUUGAAUGAGAGUAGUCAGCUCAAAGGAUUCCUCGUGUCAAUGUACUCGUACGCAGCUCAAUAUGACGACCCGCCAAAUCCCCCAGUCGAUUUGAUUUGUAAAGGUAUAGAUGAUGCCUCCAAGGAGACAGACGACGUGCUCGACCAAGUGUCUGAGGGAAUGGUCUCUUAUUUUGGGAAUCUGACGUGCUACGACAUGAAGCAUUUUGAUGCUCCAUCCGAAAUCAACGAUGGAUGGAGUUGGCAAGAGUGUUCCGAGCUCAUGAUGCACAUCGGGCAAGGUGGGAACGGGAGUUUGUUCCAAGGGAACCAACCUUACCAAUUGGGGCGUCAAAAGAGACGGUGCAUGAACAUGUUCAAUGUCUCGUCCAGGCCUUACUUGAUCACGACUCAGUAUGGAGGCCGCAUUCUUGAGUUUGCUCUAAAGCGUUUUGGGAGCAACAUUGUUUUCACUAAUGGCCUGAAAGACCCAUACAGUCCUGCUGGGGUUUUGGAAGACAUUAAUGAGAGUAUUGUUGCUAUAACUACUGAAAAAGGUUCGCACGCUCUCGACAUGGUUACACCAACCGCGUCAGACCCAGACUGGCUCGUCGAACAAAGGAAAAAGGUGGUUCAGAAAUUACAAACAUGGCUCAGUCAGUAUUAUACUGAUCUCGGCGAAUAUUUGAAGAAUAAGUAG